AAGCCCAAAUGAGCAAAAGGGAAAGAAUAGAAACCCCUUGUGCAGCAAAAGGUUGGAGAAGAAAGUUAGGGUUCAGUUGAUAUUCUAGAAUGAUCUACGACGUUAACUCUCCUCUCUUCCGUUCAUUCCUCAGCCAAAAGGGUGGCUCCUCUGAUAAGAGGAAAAUGGAGGAACAGAAGCCAAAGGAACAGAGACCCAAAGCGAACGAGAAUAAGCCUGUUAUGACAGAGUAAAGCUGUUAUGAUGUAGUGACAGCUGCCAUGUGCUAGAGGGUUCAAAAGUGCUAUUAUAAAAUGUUGGGAUUUUUGUUAUGACUGAUAUGAAUUGGAUAUUUUUCUGGACCAAAGUUUUUCACUUUGUAAUGAAUGCUUGUUUGGAUAUAAUUUUGUUAAUUUGAGUUUGUGAUGGGCAUAUUGUUUUCUGAAA